UGUUAGAGCCUAAAGCUGGCAAAGAGAACGUGGUAAUGAAGCUCAAGAAACUGGAGUCCAGUGUGAGCACUGGCCGUAAAUCAUCAUUUUCCGUGUCCUUCAUGUACUGUAAAGUCCUUCCUUAUUCCUGAACAAAGACCGAGCCUCACAUGGCAGCCACCUGUCAAGACACCAGUGCUGGCCCCUCACCCUGAGGCAGGGAUUCUGCCUUCAUAGUACAUACCAAUUAAAUAUUUGUUAACCGUUGCGGGUUCCUCUUGCAGGGUUCAGGCUGGGCAACGUGGUCCAUGCCAUACAGGCGACUCAGCAGAGCAUUCACGCCACUGCCCUGGUGCCCCGCCUCUGCCUGACGUUAGCCAACUUGAACCGGGUGGUUUAUUUCAUCUGCGAUACCAUCCUCUGGGUGAGGAGCGUAGGGCUCGCCUCUCACAUUAACAAAGAGAAAUGGCGAAUGUGGGCUGCCCGCCAUUACUGCUGUUCUCUCCUGCUGAGCCUGGCCAGGGAUCUGUACGAAAUCUCCCUGCAGAUGGAACAGGCGACACGAGACGGGGCAGAGAGGGAGAAAUCACCACCUCAGGACCCUCCGGGGUACAGCGUGGCCGACGAGGAGACAGAGUGGCUCCAGUCCUUUCUCCUUCUCUUGUUCCGGUCUCUGAGGAAGCAUCCUCCCUUGCUCCUGGACACGGUGAAGAACUUCUGCGAUAUCUUGAACCCCUUGGACCAGUUGGGGAUCUGUAAGUCCAAUCCUGGCAUCAUUGGACUCGGAGGCCUUGUGUCGUCUCUAGCGGGCAUCAUCAUUGUGGCAUAUCCUCACAUGAAGCUGAAGACGCAGUGAAGCGGUUUCGGGCUCGAGACUGGCACCUGCUUUAAAAGACACCGUCUCAGGAUGGACAUCUGCGUGAGGCGCAGACCAUGUCAGACUGUGCUUAAAGACGGGUUCUUGUGAGCGUUUAGUGACCAGUGAUGUGAGCAAGGGCGGGGCCAAGAGUGGAGAAGGGGACUGCAUGAAGAUUUACACGUGUUUUUUAGAGUGCUGGAGUGACUUCUGAAUUUCCGAGUAUUUCCCUUUCAUCUAACAUUUAUCGAGCCUCUCUCGUGCUCAUAGUGGGAGCUUACUGUCUACCGAAUAUAUAAAAAUUAGAAAAAGCCCAAACCACUGAACACUAAUACACCGUGACUUUGGGGCUGAGAACCUCACCUCCGUAGAUCUGCUGCUCAGCUGUCUCUCAGAUCUAGUAGGAGCCUCUUGUUCCUCUGAUCGGUUACCAGCCCCGCCCCCCGCCUCUGCAUAGAUCCCCAUGCCAGGGUGCAGGGGGCUGGGCUUACGGCCUUGCAUCACUGCACUCCUGUCCUUCCUCUGUCCACAAGGAGACUCAGAGACGCAUCAGCCACCUUCGUGGUAUAAACUGUGACUUCAGGCAGUGCGUGAGUAAGCAAAAAUCAGAAGCACAUAGAAAGGACUGAGGUAAAAAAUAAUGUGCAUGAGAGGUGCCUGGGUGUCUCAGUUGAGCAUCUGACUCUUGAUUUCAGCUCAGGUCAUGAUCCCAGGGUUGUGGGAUCGAGCCUUGCACCAGGCUCCAUGCUGAGGAUGAAGCCUGCUUAAGAUUUUCUCCCUCUCCCUCUGUCCUUCUCCCCCACUCACACUCUCUCUCUAAAAUUUAUAAAAAAAAAAAAAAAAAUUCUUUUUUUAAUAUGGAAGGUCACGGUGGGCGCCUGGAGGUAGUAGCCUGUGACAGAUGAGGAAACUGAGGUUAAAAAAGUGAGGCCAGCGCUUCAGUUUUCAGACUCCCAGUCCAGGGUUCUUCCCAUUAUAUUUCAUUGCCUUCCUGGGUGAGUGGAAGUGUGAGACUCUCCAGAAUCCUGUGCGAAAAGGCUUUUUUCGAACUUUGUUAGUCAUUGGUUCACAUAAAAAUUAAAACUAUAGCUAGAUUUAUCGGCUGGAUUGUUGUAUUUAAAGCCAUAUAAUCAUUUGGGCCCUUCUACGUUAAUUGUCGUCAAAAUGUAUGCAGUUAAGAACUUUUUGGGAAUACUCUGAAUGUGGGAAUGCCAUAAUUUUCUAUGAUAAAUCAGACCUCCUAUGUGCGGGGAGGUUGGGGGGUGGGAGAGAGCAAUAAGGGACCAGUGACAAGGCCGUUUAUUCGUGUCCUACUUCCCGUCCUGGGUGUUGAGCUGUGAUUGCAGAUCCGCCGAUUUGAGGGCAGUGAGAUAGCAAAAUACGAUGCCAUCAGGCAGGAGGCCGGUGUCAGUCCUGCCAGUAAAGCCGUUUCACUUACCUGAACGGAAAUUAGAAAAAGAAACGUGCACUAGAUCUCCCAGGAAUGUGAAUGAGAUUCUUAAAAACUAGACUCAGGUCCUUGGCUCUCUCAUUUUUAAAGUGAUUGAUCAGGAUAACGGGAUUUGAGAAGACACUCGGGGAAUUUUAAGAGAAAUGAAAGCUGCUAGGUCAGGGCAAGUAAAAAGUUUAAGUAACCAAUUCUACUUUGUCCAGAUCCUUUGCUGUCACAGAUUAAUUAUGUCUAAUAAAUUGCUAGACAAAACAGA